AUGGGUCACCUCAUCACAUUGGCUACCUCUCUCAAUCAAUGGGCUUUAGAUUUUCAGGGAAACUAUGAACGAAUUUUAGCAAGUAUCGCCAUUGCAAAGGAACGUGGAGCGACUUUGCGAGUAGGUCCAGAACUUGAAAUUCCUGGAUAUGGUUGUCUAGACCACUUUCUCGAAGGUGAUACGAUCCUUCAUUCUUGGGAGGUACUCGCAAAGAUUCUGUCUUCCGAGGAAACGAUGGGAAUAAUUUGUGACAUUGGAAUGCCCGUGGUCCAUAAGAACGUCAUUUAUAAUUGUCGUGUUAUUGUUCAUGACAAAAAGGUAUUACUUAUCCGUCCCAAAAUGUGGCUAGCCAACGACGGAAAUUAUCGGGAAUUGCGGUAUUUCACCCCUUGGACGAAGCAUAGGCAAUGGGAAGAUCAUUAUUUGCCUCGAAUCAUCCAGGCAGUUACUAAACAGACUAAAGUUCCGUUCGGUGACGCGGUAAUUAGUACUGUGGAUACGUGUAUUGGGGUAGAACUAUGUGAAGAACUCUUUACACCUGCUAGUCCACACAUACUCAUGGGUCUGGAUGGCGUAGAAAUAUUCACAAACUCAAGCGGAAGUCACCACGAGUUGAGAAAGCUAUAUCGUCGAGUUGAAUUGAUCAAAGAAGCAACUUUAAAGCUUGGAGGUAUAUACUUAUACGCCAACCAACAAGGAUGUGACGGCGAUCGUCUAUACUACGACGGCUGUGCCAUGAUAGCGGUUAAUGGGCGAGUGGUAGCUCAAGGGUCUCAAUUUUCUUUAUCGGACGUUGAAGUUGUGACUGCAACGGUCGAUAUCGAAGAUGUCAGGGCUCAUCGAGCAAAGUCAAGUAGAAGCAUGCAAGCUGCAUCAUCAGAAUCUUACCAUAGAGUGGAAGUCGACUUCGCUCUAACAAGAGGCAAAUUUGAUGAAAUAAAGGAAGAAGAUAUGGCUGGUCUUAUAGGAAGUAAAUCUAUUCCUGUGAAAUAUCAUCUUCCCGAGGAGGAAAUUGCCCUAGGCCCUGCUUGCUGGCUUUGGGAUUACUUGCGGCGCUCACGAACUCAGGGUUAUUUUAUUCCUCUUAGCGGUGGAAUUGAUAGCUGCGCUACUGCCGUCAUUGUAUACUCUAUGUGCAGACUGGUUGCAGAAGCUGCCGCCAGGGGAGAAAGACAAGUCAUUGCAGACGCAAGACGGAUGACUGGCGAACCCGAAGAUUCAGAGUACCUGCCACUCGAUCCCCGUGAAUUUUCAAAUAGAAUAUUCCAUACUUGUUACAUGGGCACGGAGAAUUCCAGCAAUGAAACCAGACAAAGAGCUAAACAACUUUCAGAGGCAAUUGGCGGUUAUCACAUAGAUCUUAACAUGGACAGUGUUGUCACUGCGGUUCGACAACUUUUCGGAUUCGUCACCGGGGCUCGCCCUCAAUUCAGAUCCCAAGGCGGCUCAAAUGCAGAAAACCUGGCGUUACAAAACAUACAAGCUAGACUGAGAAUGGUUCUCGCAUACAUGUUUGCUCAGCUUUUACCUUGGGUUAGAGGUAAAAAUGGGGGAUUGCUUGUCCUUGGAAGUGCCAACGUCGAUGAAAGUCUUCGUGGCUAUCUUACCAAGUAUGACUGUUCUUCGGCUGAUAUUAACCCAAUUGGUGGUAUCAGCAAAACCGACCUGAAAAAGUUUAUAGCAUAUGCUGAAUAUUCGUUUAAUCUGCCAAUUUUGCGAAGUUUCUUAGACGCAGUCCCCACUGCUGAAUUGGAACCCAUUACAGAGACAUAUGUUCAGUCUGACGAGGCAGAUAUGGGGAUGACAUAUGAUGAGUUAUCCGUCUUUGGACGCCUUCGAAAAAUCGAGAAAUGCGGGCCCUACAGCAGUUUUACGAAACUUGUUCAUGAAUGGGGGUCUUUCUUAUCGCCUGUACAGAUUGCUGAGAAAGUCAAACUGUUCUUCUUCGAACACGCAAGAAAUCGACACAAGAUGACCACGUUGACGCCUGCCUAUCAUGCUGAAUCAUACAGUCCCGACGAUAACAGAUUUGACCUUCGCCCCUUUUUGUACCCAUCUCGUUUCCCGUGGCAAUUCAAGAAGAUAGACGAAAUCGCGGCAGUGUUGCCAGAUAGAUCUACUCAGGCGCCAGGAGACAAGACGAAGACGGAGUAA